AUGAAGGUGUUUUAUUCUGAUGUUUGCUUAAAGCAUGAUCCAAAAUACGAAAUUUUAUCAGGAAAAUUUGUCGAGUAUCUUGAGAGUCCUUCUCGUAUAGUAGCUAUUAAAAAUUAUCUGAGUCAAUUUCGAGAUAUUUUCGAAUUUCACGCGCCAUCUGAUCAUGGGCUCGACCCUAUUUUAUCGGUUCACGAUGUUGAUUACGUUGAAUACUUGCAAACUGCAUAUGUUGAAUGGUGUAACGAAGGCGGAGACAGAAAUGGCGUUAUACCAGAAGCAUUCGCACAUAAAGGAAUAUUGAAUUCUGUCAAGAACAUUAAAAAAGUUAAAUCUUCACUGGCCAAAGCUGGACUUUAUUGUUUUGAUUUGUCUUGUUGUAUCACCGAAGGCACAUGGGAAGCUGUUUAUAAAUCAGCUCAAAUAUGCAUUAGUGCUGCGAUGGAACUUUCAAAAGUCACUUCGGAAAAGUCUGCGGACAAUACGUCGACUGGCGUGUUUGCGCUCUG